AUGUUUUGCCUGACCUCAGAUUUGCAGGGUUCCACACGUUUCCAGGAAGAAUAUGGAGAUCUCAAGUCAAUGAUGGAAGAUUUGAGAACAAAUUCAUCAAUGAGAAUAUUAAACCUGAAAAAACAUUUGUGUCUGAAAGGUGAAGAACACAACAUGCAGACGGACCCAAGGUGCAUGUUGUGUCCCUCCACCUGGCAUUUGAUUGGUGUUACCUGCUACUACAUUUCAAGAGGCCUUAAGUCUUGGCAUGAAAGUAAGCGGUUUUGUGAUUCAAGGAAUUCCACUCUUCUUAUCAUAAAUGAGGACAAAAUAUUGAAAACUCUUCCAAAAAAUGGACUCGACACAUAUAGUUGGAUUGGAAUACAUAAGGAUAAAGGUGGCCAGUGGAUCUGGGCCAAUGGAACACAUAUUGCACAACUACCCAAAGGGCUUAAGGUCUGGAACAUUGAAAACACAGAAGAAUGUGCCUAUCUCUAUGGCAAUGGGGCCAUGUACGUUCAAACAUGUGAUAAAAAAUAUCAGUGGAUAUGUGAAAAGGCAGGCAUUGAACUGGCCUAAGAAGGAGAAGUCACAUCUGCAAGCAUAGUGUUCCCUUAUUCACGUGUUAUUGCUGAUUAAUAACAGUAAGGAAGGGCCCACUGAACUUGCAUCUAUUUGGACAAUGUAUUUGUUGUCACUUAACAGCUUGAUGGUCUGCCUGCUUGUUCGGAAGUCUAAUACUCUUUGUUUGGCAAGGCUUAGUCCAAGAAAAAUGAGCAGUACUGAAGUCAAAAUUGUACUGCUGAUCUUUAAUGUUGGAUAUCACUUUGAGGGCCUUGGGGCAUAGAAGCCCCCUGUAAAUAGUAUACAUGCACAAAUAAUAAGACUCCA